AUGCCGGAGGCAAUAAAUAAAGCCUAAAUAAAGAACAGGUAUUACUAUGUAAAUAACUAAAAAUAAUUGGGGGGCACCUACCGUCAAGGCUAAAAGACUGUGACAGGAGUGGGUUCCAGUGCCAAAAAAAGGGGGUGGGUGGGCCACACGUCGCAAUAAACCCUCUUGUAGAGCAAUCCUACUCAGAAGUAAACCCCACUGAAUUCAAUGGAGCUUACUCGCAGAUACGUGGAGGAGCUUGCAGCCCUAGUCCUUGAGACUCCGGGUGUGCGAGCGUCAGGUGAGCUUAAUCCCCUGGCAGAGGAGCGCGGCUGCUACCUCUCAGGUGUCGGCGAGGUAAAACCGGGAGCAGCUUCCGCCCUCCAAGGCGCGGGGAUAAAAAUGCCGCCUCCUCCUGCCCCUUUCUCCCCCCACAUCCACGAGACUUCCCUCCUCCCCCGCGGGACGGACACCGGGUUCAACCGCUCGGCGGCCCCGCCUCGUCUGUGAUCUCAGCAGGGGGAGAAAGAGAGGCGGAAAGAAGCCUCCUCCCGGCUGGGCAAAACCCAACCCGAGCCCUGCCUGGGGCCUGGUAGCUUCGCUUCGCCUUGCGCCUCCCCCGCCCGUCCGCCCGCCCGCCUCCCUCACACGCUCCGCUUUCUUUUUCCUCCUCACAGGCACUUCCUGCGCGGGGCCGGGCCGGGCCCAGUCGGGUGGAGACUGCUGCUGUUGCUGCCGCCUCAGCGGAGUUAAAAAGGUAUUGGGGAAGGCAAGGGACAGGCGGGCGUCCGUUGACGUUCCGAGGGCCUCUGCCGUGAGGGCUCGAGGUGUCGGCAGUUGGUCGCGGGGGGGGGCGGAGGGGUCCCCGAAGAAGCCGCCCGUCAGGGAGACGGGCGGGCGGGAGUGGCUCCCCGAGCGAACUGGCGCCUCAAGGUGUGGGGGGGGGGAGGCUUCCACUGAGGGGUCCCUCCCAGGCCGCCGCUCACGGGCGCUCAGAGGGGAUUAGUCGGCGGCGGCCGUUGCUGCUGCUGCUGCUGCUGCUCCUCGCAUUGCUGGAGGGUGAAGUCAUCGUGGCCAUUGUCUCCCCUCAGCUCCCCGGCUGGGCCGCCAGAGGGGGGAGGCCAGCAACCAGCCGUGGGGCCCGCCUUGUUCUCCGAAGCCGCCGGGUAAAUUCUCUUUCCCACCCCGCCCCCGGGGGGGGGGGCAAUACUGGACAGACUUUGAAACCCUCAUCCACUCCGCGGGGCAAAGUCCGAGGAGAAACUCGGGGUGGGGUGAGGGUGGUGGAAACUCCAUAUUCGAUCGCUUCCACACCCCAAUAAGUUUUUUUUCCUCUUUUUUCUGAGGGAAGGACUUUGGAAAAACGCCCUCUCCUUUCUCUCAUACAGCUUCGGAGCGUCUCUAUUUGCACUUCCUUCUUGUAAAACAAAGGUACAUUCUCCGCCUUGGGGUGGGGUGGGGGAUGGAAUCUGAAAAAAAUAGUAUUUUUUAUUAAAGACCCCUUUCAGAAGUUGUGACAUGGAACCGUUUUCUGUCAGAAAUGGGGCUUUCUGUAAAACCGAAAGCGUUAGAAAGACCCACUAACACACGCACAGCCGAAACUACGAGGAAGUUCACUCCCAGGGGAGGGGGAAAUUUUCCACAUCCACUCCAAAUUGGGGCGAGACUAGCUAACUUUUGUCCUAUAAAGGCUGCAGUGCUGCUGCUGCUGCUGCUGCUACUUCCCUUUCCCCUCGGAUUACAAUUUAUUGGGAAUGUGGAUAUUCCGUCGUCCUCCCCUACCCUGCCUUUUGGGGAGGUUGAAUAAGCUGGGUAGCCUUAAAUGUAAUCUCUUUAAAGAAGCUUGUGUUCAAAGGGCAGUCUGAUAUAUUUAAAUACUUUAUUGAACUGUACAGUAUUUCUCAGUGGAGGAGUAUUGAAUUUAAAAAAUGAAAAAGGCAACUACAAUGCAACUCACCCUGUAGGUGGUCACUGGCAUUUCACUACUUAUGCCUGGAACUCCUGUGAGGCUGACUUGGGUGAUACCAGUGUCUGAAGAGUUUUUAAUGAAUAACAGCACAGCUUAGUAGCUUGCAGAAGUGGGAUCCUUUUUAUACAAGUGGACAUGGGAGCUUUAACAUUAAGCCCUGAGAGCUACAUAGGCAUCAGAAGUACAUCUAAAAAGCUUAGGUCUAAUGAAAGGAGAGCUGUUGCUGAUCAAAUGAACUGCACCGAGAGUUCAAUAUGAAGUAAUGUGGAAUUUCCCCAUAGUAUUUCACCAGCAACCACAACUAUACUGCCUGAGGGAUCUUUUUGCUAGUUUCUUGGUUUGAAACCAAAACUUCAGACUGUGCUUUCAGUGCCCAGAUUGGAAUGCUGCUGAUUGUAAAAAUGUGGGGGAGGACUGACAAUAGUAUAACUUCUACCACAAUCCACCUUUAUUUCCACUUGGUGGACACAGAAUUUGCUAAUGUAAAACAUUUUUGUAGGCACUGGUUGGUCACAUCAGUGCAGUUAAAGUCACUGAGAGUUGCACAAAGGUCAGAGGGUGCUUGUGGAGGGGACUGUGGAAUUGUAGGACUAAAUGUGCUAAUCAUACAUAGCCCCAGAACCUUAUUGAAGUUCUGUUAGUCUCUCUUUAAAAUAAAAACUGUUGUUUUUAAAAAGUGCAAGUAGAAGGACUGGUAUUUGAGUUCUUACUUUUACCCGCUAUAAAGUAUUUAGUGUUCAUGAUAAGCAGAUUCUGACUAAACAGAUUAACUGUCUUAAUUAACAUGUUAAAGAUGGAAUAGUGAAUGAGAACACUUCAUUCAGUCACUAUUUCAGUGAAUUUGUCCAAACUAACAGGCUUAGUUUAGAAGUCCAGCUUUAGUCUUAUGAAUUUGAAAUUGAUUAAAAUGAAUGAUCAUAGGCACUGGCAUUUGAAGGGGAAGGGAUAUAGCUCAGUAGUAGAGCACCUGAUUUGCAUAUAGAAGGCCCCAGGUUCAAUUCCUGCAUCUCCAGGUAGGGUUAGGGGAGACCUCUGCCUAAAAUGCAGAAGAGCUGCAGCCAGUCAGUGUGGAUAAUAGAGCUAGAUAUACCAAAUUUUGACAUAAUAAAAGGCGGCUCAGUAUUGUCUACACCCUGAGGUUUUAGGCAGCAGUUUUAAUAGCUCUGCCUGGAGAUGCUAGUGAUUGAACCUGGGGCCUGCUGCAUGCAAAUAAGAUGCUCGACCACUGAGCUAUAACUUUUCUCUUUUAAUUACUAGGUUGAAAACUGAGAGAUCGGUCUAUGAUCACUGGUCAUCAGUUCAAAUUCAUAAAAGUAAAGUUAGAAUUCUGAACUAAGCCUGUUAAGAUAGAUUUACUUAAACAGUGAAAGAACAAAGUGUUCUCAUUAGCUAUUACUGUACUCCUCGAAUUAUUUUUUGCAUCACUAUUGUCUGCUUGCAUUUCUUUUGUCAAAGUUCAUGUUCCCUUUUGUUCUCCUCAUUUGGAGGGGGCUUCCAUUUUAUGAAGAAAGUCUUCUUGCCUCUUAAAAGCUUCCUUGACUCUGCUCAUUAAUUAUGGUGACAUCCCUUUGGCCUUGAUGGUGACUUUCCUUGUUUGCCGUACCACAUACGUUCUAGCUACUUGUAGCUUGAAUAACCCUAGGUGCUCUGGAAAGAUGUGAUGGUCUUCACUUUUCCUUUCAACUUCCUUUUUACCAAUCCUCUUUUUUUAAGAAGUUUCCUCUUUUGAAGUCAGGUGUGACUGUUGGAUUUUUUUGGCAAUUGUCAACUUACAUAUAUAUAGAAUUUGAAAGCACCGUGUAGUUGCUGUGGCCAGUUGGUUUGGCAACACAUAUUGCAUCAAGUCUUGAGCACUACGUAAAAGUCCAGGCUUGUUGCCCCUCUGGUUCAUUCGAUGACCAACUAUUUUAGGUACAGUCAUUUUUUUACAAUGGAGUGUGUCUCCAGGGGUAAAGUCAAACUUCUGGACAAUCACCGCACCUGCUAUGGCUGCAGAGACUGGUAACUUAAAACUGCUGCCUCACACGUUGUUUUUGCUGCACUAGUGACCUCUACAGGGCCCCCUCUCAGCAUUGUGGCUGUGUCACAUGCUGACAGCUUCUGGGAGCCACAAAGGUACUACUCUUCUGCUGACACCCCAUACACCCCACAUUACACCUAUACACAGACAUUUAGGGAUCUAGAAAUUCUACCUCUUUGUCAUAAGUGGAACAUGCAUGUAUCCAGUCUUUAGAAGGGUAAUUGAAGUUUCCUGUUACUACAGCAAGGUCGUCUUUUAGGGACGUUCUUGAUUUAUUAGCCACCUGAAGAUCAUUGUGGGCAUAUUGGUCAGGUUAUCAUAGUACUUCCCCAGUAUUGAAUCACACUUUCAGCCUUGGUAUUGCUACCCAUAUUGGUUCUGUGAAGGUGGCUACCCUUUUUGGGAAUAUCUAGCUUGGUCUCCUUGAUGUAUAAAAUUACACCAUCUCCAGUCCACAUUUCCCUUCCUUCCUAUGGAAUUUGCAUCUACUGCUUGAGACAUUUUUUGUGUAUUGUUAGAGGGGAUUCCUUCUAUUGUUCAUGGCUUAAUGCUGCUUUCUCCUUUUGUUUGUAUUUCAGCUCUUAAGUUCCACUUUCACUUAGUUGGCAAAAGAUAUAAUGGACUAAUUCAACAGAUGACAGCAUUACAAGAUUGAGCAUGAUCUUUAAGGUUCCCUGGCUUAAUAUGUACAUCUGACUGGCAUAUGGAGGUUGAUUUCCUCCAAGAAGGUAAUGACUCUUGAGUUGCAUUGUAUAUAGCACUCCAUUUUUCCAUAAAUUAAUAAAUAUUUUAUUUUCUGUAUUGAAAACACAUAAACUGUGUUAAAUAAAUGCCAAGCUUUGCAGCUAUAUCUUGACAUGUAUCAUCCUUUUGAGAUACAAUUCCUAUUUAAGAUAUGAUUCCUAAGCUUACCUGCAUUUUGUUCUUUUUCUAGCUGUUCUGCUUUCUUUCACUUUUAACUUCUCAAGACCAAAAACCACUUAUGUCUUUAUAGCUCAGUUUUUGCACAGCAUUAAUGCAAUAAACAUAAUUCCUUAAAUUGCAUAAGUUGCAAGAUAAAUAUGUAAGCUGCUACCUUUUCAAGACUUUUGCUAAAUCUGUCAUUGGGCAAUCUGACCUGGCAUAGAAUUAUUUUAGGACCUACAAAUGGAACAUUCUUAACAUGAAGCAAAACCAUGUGGCAUAUAUCACCAAAAGGAAAUAUUGUAUGGAUAUAGAAGUCUCUCCCAUCCAGUAUUCUGUGUCCUUACUUAAGGCAGUGUCAGAUUCUGCUGUAGAAGGCGGAAAGUCCUGUGCACAUAGGUGAAAGAAAACAAAAUUGAACUCACUCUUACCCUUGUGUAGCCACAACCCUGGAAAUGUAAGAUGCUUGCAAAUCAGACUGAUCUUUAAUAAAAAUAUUUAAAUACACAAUUCUGUCUUGUAAGUGACUUAGUAGGGGCAAUAGUAACACCUUUUCAUAUGGUGGAUUUAUUUGCUUCCUUGUGUUUGUAUAACUUCCUUCCCUGGAGAAAAGAUACUGUCCUGAGGAGAUCCUCAGCAAAAAGACUGGAUGACUUCCUUUAGGAAUUGGGAAAUGGCAGCAGAGCCUAGGAGUUGCCAAUCAGAAGGUCGGCAGUUCAAAUCCCCGUGACGGGGUGAGCUCCUGUUGCUUGGUCCCUGCUCCUGCCAACCCAGCAGUUUGAAAGCACGUCAAAGUGCAAAUAGAUAAAUAGGCACAUUUCCGUGUGCUGCUCUGGUUCGCCGCAUGACCAGAAGCUGUACGCCGGCUCCCUCGGCCAAUAAAGCGAGAUGAGCACCGCAACCCCAGAGUCGGCCACAACUGGACCUAAUGGUUAGGGGUCCCUUUACCUUUACCUGUUAAUCAUCUUUAACUUUCGUGUACAUUUCCAUAGGGAAAAUUCCUAGAUAGCAGCUUAUUUUAUCUACAUAGCAUAGAGCUAUUCUACCAAAUUCUUCCUACCUUAACACAACUUAAGCUUGCCUUUUUAAAAACUGUCAUUAUUAUGGCCACCUUGCUCCUGUUCCAUCCCUUCAGUAAUUGUACAUUUUGAGGAUGUGCCCUGGAGGCUGCUUUGGAGAGAAAAGGGGUUGCUUUUCUGAAAGACACUGCACAGUAAAAGCUACAUGUCACAGAAAUGUGCAAUAUUUUGAGUUGAAUGCAUCCAGUUUAGAUGAUAUAAAUUCCUACCUCCAUUUUAUCACAACAAUAGAAGUACAGUAACGUCAUUUAUUUUACACUAGAAAAAACUGAGGCAUUCAGAUAUUUAAAAAUUACUCUAGCCAACAGACAAAAUUGUCUAGAAUUUUUUAAAAUAAACUUAUUUUGGAUCAAGUUCACCUUUUUGUUUCAAGAACAAAGCAGUGUUAGAAACAGAUAUGAAAGCUAGGGGCUAAAUGGCACCUUAAACCUAAGUUAUGGGUGCAACAAUGGAAUGUCUAAGCACACUUUUUUAAUAACAAGAAUAUGAAGCUGAAAAUGAAUAAACUGCAGCUUAAAUAUUAUGUCAUUUUUCACAUGGUCUGGACUCUGGUCCUUCCCCUGCCCUGCCCCCCUGAUAUUCUUUAGAAGGUCUCCAGUCUUCAGAGAGUAGCUGGCAGUGGGGAGGCAGAAAAAGGUCCUCCUUUCCUUCCACUCUGCAGUUUUAAUCUAUGCUUUUUAGCAUAUCAGUAAUUAUCUUAGCUUAUUAAAAAAAUGUUUCUUGCAUCCAGUCAUAUUAUUCAGUUUUGCUUUAACAAUUAUCACUACUCUCACAGUAAAAAUGGCUUUGUGUUUCAUUGUUCAUGCUCUUGAGAGUCACUGCACUUUAAGUGAAAUAUUUUGCCUUUCCCUAACCCCGUAAGGAUGCUUCAGUUGUUUAGUUUUAUUAUGCUUGUAUUUAUAUAUGAACUGCUAUUAUUGAGGGAAGUCUCUGGAAUGGUGUUAUUCUCUUUUUAUAGACACUGAAGGCUGUAAUCCUAUACACUUACCUGGGAGUAACUCGGUGGGACUUAAAUUUCGAGUAGACAUGUAUAGGGUUGUCAUGCAAACUUGCUUGGCUAAUUGUUAUCCAUAAGGACUCAUUGGCAAGUCCUUAAUGUCAUAGAGGUUAUUUUUUCCAGAUAUUGUACAAAGACCUUGGCAUUCAUGUGGAAGUUCCCUAAUGACCCUGUAAUGAAUUGUAAAAUUACAUGUAUGCUUCUAAUGGCCAUGUGUGUAGUACUGUUUCUGUACCAUCUUAUCUUGGAAUAUAAUGUGCUUAUGUGGGGGCAGGGGGAUCAUUUGGGGAAGGAAGAAGCAACUUUCGGUGGAAGCUCUACAUAAAUGAAAUGUUGCAUGGAGGACACUGCACAUUCUGGGAAAAGGGUGGAUUGGUUUUUAAAUCAAGUUUUCCAUUUUGAAAUUGUAACAUUUCCUGAACAAACAUCUGGUUAGCUUGUGUUCUUGAUAUGGCAUUUUAUUUAAUUUUUGGAGCCUCUAGAGAACAUGUUGGGCAGUCAAACAAAUAUGGCAAGUUACUAAAUAUGGUUGCUAAAGCAAUUAAAAUAUAUAGAGCUUUUAUACAACCUAGGAACAUAACCCAAACCUUCAGUCAUGUAGUUUGCGCACACUGCAGAAUUAUAUUUGCUUAGAGGCAGGCAGAUUUUGGUUUGGCUGUCUUUGUGCAGGAAUAUUAGGCAAGAUUAUUUAGUUAGAUUGGGCCCAGAACUUUUUCAUAAGCCAUAUCAGUUACUGUACAAACUGCCAUUACUUCAUGAGUUGGGAAGUAAAUGUUCAUUCUUUCUGGUUAGUAGAAUCAAACAACAAAUUGCAGAGAUCAGCUAGUUGAAGGACCUAAAAUAAGAAUACAGUUGUUCAAUGGAUUAUUCUAGAAAUAUAUGGAUGGUAUCUCCUGGAUCCCAGCACCUGUUACUAUUUGCUGGUCAGUGGGUCCUAUAUGAAGCCCACAGUAAUACCAUACAAAAAUUUGGCUCAUUUAUGCAUGUGCUAGUGUGGUUCUGUCAAUUGUUGAUUUAAAUAUUUACCCAUGAUGCCGUAUGUUCAAAGGUUUUGGAAAUGGGAGUUCCAAACUUGAAUCUCCAAGGGCUUACUGAGUCUAAAUAUUAAGCAAAUUUUAGAUUUUCAUCAAUAUCUCUUUUCACUUGAGGUUUUUAACACAUUUAGUAUCAGUGUGUUUAUAUUAUCAAAACCCAGAAAGUCCCCUAAAGCCUCUAGGAAAAUCAUGAAUAAAAUAUUUAACUGUAAGAAGCAUAUAUCCUUACAAUAAUUGAUACUGUGUUGCUGUUGACCUGCAAAAAAAUUGCAAAAAGUUUUUUAGGGCACUUUAGUCCAAAAAAUUUCAAAUGCCUUGAAUAGACUGGGAUCUGACUUGGCAUAGUUGGAUUAUUUAGACAUUUAGUUUUACUAUCCCAUCCCAUUUCCAGAAAUGGGCUGGAGAUAUGGGUAUGCAGGCAUGCACAAGGGUAGGCAAGCUGUGAUUCCUAGGAACCUAAAAUAUUAAACUGCAUGUUUGAAACUGCAACUUUACUGUUAUUGUAUCAGUUCAUUAUGUUAAAACAAUUUCAUGGGAAAAAUGUACUUUUAGAAAAGGAACAUUUUUAAAAUGGAAAAAUAUAGUGGUAGAAAACUUCCUGCGGAAAAUUUUUCACCCCAUAGGUGCCAAGGCAUUUUGGGCUUCAGAAUUGCAUGUGUCUUUUGCUUUGCUCUAAUCCCCCCAUAGGCCAUUUAACCCUUCUGAAGGGUUUGAGCCUUUAGCCAUUAAAUUUACUCCAUUUAUCAGCUGCUUGAUAACAAACGUUCUCUUGGGUGUUGUAUAUAUUUGAAACAUUCAGUUCAAAAUUUAAAACCACUCAAUAGCAACACAAAUACACCAUAAAACACAACUGUCAUAUCAAAUCAGAAGUUAACACAACUUCAGCAGCAAUCAUAACAUAGAGAGCCAUAAGAGUAAUAUUUCUAGAACAGGGGUAGGGAACCUCAGGCUCAGGAGUCAAAUGCAGCCCCCUAGCCUCUGUUUGUUUGCACUUGGGAAUCUCCCCAGGCCACACCUUUUACUAUCCCUACUUAAUACCCGCAAGUGGUUCCCUCUCAAGGUGGACAAUAGCGAAGGGCAUAAGUUGUGUGUAGAAACUAGCCUACUGUACAGAGGUAAAAUUUACACUUGUUGUCCACCCGCAUUCACCUCUGGCCCCAUCCACCAGUGGCAUGUAGGCACUGGAAAGUUGCCUAGAACAGUGCUGCCCUUAAGCUGAAAAAGGUUCCCCACCCCUAUCAAGGAGCAUCUGUGUUAUCUAGGAGGUUACCUUCUAUGCAGGUUGUGUAGCUACUUUGGGGGCUUUUGGUGAACUGGAAGUCUUUGGAAUAAAUGAAUGAUGUUUUGUAUCAUUUGGUCUAGUAUUCUUAGGAAAUCUAUGUAUUUAUAGCUUCCUUGGCUCUGUCUCCUGCCAUGUUGCCAACAUCCAUGGAGCUGAUGCACCCAUUGACUGCCUCAAUGGUAGUCACUUUAUAAUGUCAAUAGUGCAUUGUAAUUACUAGUGUUAUACAUGUGAAGAUUUAAGUAGGUACUAAAAUAGUGUUGAAAGUUCAGCGAUCACACAUAACCCAAUAUACACUUCUUAAAAGAUUAAAGGAAUUUGUAUGAGCUGGUGGAUGACAUUCCCUUCCUAUUCCUUAGGACUUUCCAGAGUGGCACCAAUUGUUUCCAGAUAAACUGGAAUCCACUUAUUUAAAAAGAUUUAACUUCACAGCAAAAUAUAAAAAAGGAAAUGUAUAUCUUCCAGUAAUAGAAAUUGAACUGUAGCAAACUUUUAUUCACUUUGGGCAAACUAGUAUUGGCUACUUCUUCCUUAUCUUUUCCAUAUUAGCAACUAGAUAUUUUUAGUUGUUAGCUUAGCAGCAUAUAUUUGACUCUAGAAGUAAUUCUGUUCUACUGACUUGCUUAUAUUCUUUCUCAUGUUCAACACUUGAAGAUGAAAUUUAUAGCACUUCCCAUAAUAAAGUCAUUUCUUUUCAUGGCUGAAUCACAUGCUUUCCAAUGCAUGUGUUUUAACUUUAACAGUUGUUUUUGUAGUCUGAACCAUUUCCUGUUAUUCAGCUAUUACACUGCCAAAAGCAGAAACCAGCUAUUUUUCAGCCAUUUUUAAAUAUAUUACAAGUAGUUAUGAAGGUCUAUUGAUUGUGGGGAAAAUUUCUGUACCUUUUUUGUUUUCCAAUUUUCAAAUUCUAAAAGCACUGGAGCUAUGAACCUACCACUCUGAAAAUGGUGAGAUGAGUGCAAGUAAGGAGGCCUGAUCUUUGUUCAUCCUUAAGUAUUCAUUUAACUCCUGGGCUAUGAUUUCUCCCUUAUCGGUUCUGCAGCAGUGUGUCUCAAAUUUUAGAUGCUUUCUUCUAGAAGCUAUUCAUACAUGAAUAGUUGCAUAGUUUUGUGUACAUAGUCACAGGCAGCUACAGGCUAUCUCUGGAUUCAGGCAUUAGUCGUGUACGACAUUAGAAGAGAACAGGAUAUUACUCACCUGCUUCAAAAGUCAUGCACCAGAAAAUAUAUAAGAACAAAGUAGCAGUUUAAAAUAUCCUGGUAGAUAAAAUAUCUCUUUGUAUUGUGAUCCCAUUUCAUGUUUCAGACGGUCCUUUUUCUCAGAGAGCCUUAGCACAAUUGUUUGGCUUUAGUAAUAAAUAAAUACUUACAAAGCAUCUUAUAAUGUUUUAUGGUAGAUUAUUUCUAUUUUAAUCCAAUACUGUUUUCUGAUAGUGUUAACAGAUUUGUUUUGUGCUCUGGAGAUUUAAAUGGAUUAUGGAUGGUCAAAAGACCACUGCCACAACUCCCAGACAUCUCUUUACCUUGGCCCUUGACAACCUCUCUCUGAAUUGUAAUUCGUUAUUUUAAAAUAUUGUAUCUUUAAAUUAUUGCAACCAACCCUAGAACCUCAUGUUGAAGGGUGAGUAAGAAAUCUAACAAUUUGCAUCAAACUUUAAAGAAGACUAUUAAAUAAGGCACAUUAAAUAUAAUUUCAUAUCAUGUCAGCUGUAAUGUUCAAAUACAAAUGGCAGAAAUGGUUAACCAGUUUCUAUAUCUUGUACUACAUAAGCAGAUGCAUAGCCAGCAAUGGGACACAACUACCCAUGACUUCCUCACUCUAUUUACUAAUUGGAUACUUUUAAAAAUGAUUGGACUUAGUCUAUGGAGAGGUAACUUUUUUCAGUCUCACGGCCACAUUCAAGAUUGGUCAGUCCUCUGUGAACAGCAUGCCAGCAGUCAUAAUGGUCAAAGUGGCCAUCAAACAUACGGUGUGUGCAUACUGCACACAAAUGUACACAUACAGUGCACAUAUCUUAUACACACAAACACACUCACCACAAACACAUGCUGGGACAAGCCAUGCUCAUUCUCCUCAUAGCACUGGGUUGAGAACAGAGGUUUAAAGCUGGAUUUGGAGGUUAAGCCCCUCCUUUGAGCCCAGCCCUGCUAUGGAGUAAGUUCCUCAUCACAGCACUAAGCUAGCUGGGAGAGGUUUAUGUCUUCACAAGCCCCAGAACUGUAAUGGCUGAAUUCUUUCCCUCCCCUGCUGUGUGAGAUUUCCUCCACCAGACAUUCCUGGGAGUGCCUUUGCACCCACUGUUAACUCGCCUAGGAUGAGGAAACAAUCUCAGUUAACUUGUGUGGCACGGGUGGGUGAAAAAUCCCCCUGGCCUAGUGCCCUAAUGCGGAGUAAAAUGAGGGUUUGUGCACCAUUUAAAAUGGCUUUGUGUGCCUGACGUGGUUGUUACCCCUGAUUUAGUUGAAUUGCUGAAGAGGUUUCCUGUUUAGUCCUUUAAAACAAGCCUGAAUCAACGACUCAGGAAUAUAUAUUUUUAAAUCAACAGUCAAGCUAACUCUUCUAGAAAUUACACAUAUAUGCACUUUGUUAGCUACCCUAAUUUAUGGAAAGCUGAGGUGGAAAUGUUUAAAAUGGUUUCUAAUUAUACAAAAUAAUUUCCCCUGGAAAGUUCUUUUGCUCUUUUUCAGCAUAAGGUAAAGGUAAAGGGAUCCCUGACCGUUAGGUCCAGUCAUGACCGACUUUGGGGUUGCGGCGCUCAUCUCGCUUUAUUGGCCGAGGGAGCCGGCAUACAGCUUCCGGGUCAUGCGGCCAACAUGACUAAGCUGCUUCUGGCGAACCAGGGCAGCGCAUGGAAACGCCGUUUACCUUCCUGCCGGAGCAGUACCUAUAUAUCUACUUGCACUUUGACAUGCUUUUGAACUGCUAGGUUGGCAGGAGCUGGGACCGAGCAACGGGAGCUCUCCCCGCCACAAGGAUUUGAACCGCCAACCUUCUGAUCGGCAAGUCCUAGGCUCUGUGGUUUAACCCACAGUGCCACCUGCGUCCCUUUAAACCACUUAGGUAUGCUGGAAAACAGGGACGCGGGUGGCGCUGUGGGUUAAACCACAGAGCCUAGGACUUGCCGGUCAGAAGGUCAGCGGUUCGAAUCCCUGCAACGGGGUGAGCUCCCGUUGCUCGGUCCCAGCUCCUGCCAACCUAGCAGUUCAAAAGCAUGUCAAAGUGCAAGUAGACAAAUAGAUAGCGCUCCGGCAGGAAGGUAAAUGGCGUUUCCAUGCGCUGCCCUGGUUCGCCAGAAGCACCUUAGUCAUGCUGGCCGCAUGACCUGGAAGCUGUACGCCUGCUCCCUCGACCAAUAAAGUGAGAUGAGCGCUGCAAUCCCAGAGUCGGUCACGACUGGACCUAAUGGUCAGGGGUCCCUUUACCUUUAAGUGGUUUAAAGCUUGCAAUGAAGAUGUAUGAUAACCAGUUUUUACCUAUAGUGUUGUAGGUUCUUAUAUAUAAUUCCCCAGGAAAAUAGGAAAUCCAAAACAGGACAUGCUGCAAUUGUGGAAAAACCAGUUCUUCACACACAACUUCAUUUAGAUGCUUUCUCCUCUUCUUUGCCUUUUUUUUUAACAACAAAAGCCUUAAGUUAAAGUUUUAUUUAUGAUCUAUCCACUGAAAAAGGGCACUUUAUCCCUUUCUUUUUAUGAGACUGCAUUUAAUUUUAUUGUUUUAAAAAUAUGUAUGCUUGCUAGCUAUUGUCCCUCUCUAUUGAGAUAGUUAUAUGAAAUGCAAGCAGUUCGAAGACAAGAUUGCUAAUAUGGCCUACAUUUUACCCGUUUACUGGAAGUAAUUUCUCAAUAACACAUAUUUUCUUGGUAAGACUUGCUGUAUCUUUCAAACAUGAACAAUUGGCAGGUUCUUCCAAAACCUUAAAAGCUGUUAGGCACUCGCAUCUUUUUGGAAAUUGACGAGAUUUAAGAGGACUGACUCUUCUGUUGACUCAACAUCUUUCACUUUGAAAUACAGUAAAUAUGAUCUUUGCACCAAGCAUGACUCCAAGGACAGCAUGGGUACAGACCCAUCAAGGGAGACUAUGCAAGGGCAGGGGAGUAACAAUGUGCUUGCCACAAUGCAGAGUGAUAGUUGCCCAGCAAAUGGUAGUUAUCCAGGCGAUGCACCAACACCAGCAUUAUGUGUUUGACAAAAUUAAUUGUAACUGUAGAAGACUACAUUAACUGUGUGUGAGAGAGAAUAUAUUAUUACAAAAUGAAUGGAAGAAAUUGUAGGCUCCUGAGAGUUGGGCAAUUCACUGGCUCUGUCUCCUGCAGGGUUAGCAAAAACAAACUUUCUUUACCCAAGCAGUAUGUUGCAGCUUUAUUCAGCUCACAUUAUUCAGCAGGAGAGACCCCCCAAAAUAAAUUAAUUGUAGCUAUUGAUUGUAUACUACCUACAGUAGUAAUGACCAGAGGUGUAUGAAUUACCAGACAACAGUGGCAGUGUUCACAUCAAUCAGUGUUUGGUCAUACAUGGAAUCCUAAUGAAAGUGCUUGACAACGUUUGAAAUCCUGUGCUCAUUCUUUAAUACAUCAUAAGUUAACACACACACAUUGUUUUUUGUGUUCUCUGAGUUUAUGGCUUCUCAGUUAAAACCUAUAAAAAUACUGUUCAGGGUAAAGAUUAAAUUCAGCAAACAUAGUAUAGAAAAUAUAAACUAAGGGUGUGGUGAUUUCAGUAUUGACUUCCAAAUAUGUAGUAACUUUUAUGGUGACCUUCUGAAGAUUGUUCAAAAUUUUCCAUGUUGAAAACCUGUUUUCAUUCAGCCAUUUUCUAGUGCUGCUUAGUUUACAUUUAAAUUUUUUUCAACAAAUCAGCUAGAAUGGGAUAUCUACUAUUUAGCUCAGUUAAAUAUCAACAAGGCGUUCUUCUAUCUUUCCCCAUCCUUGGGUUUAAAAUGUAUAUUUCACAGACCUGUAGAGUGCAAAUUAGGUGGGGCUGUUUUGUCAGUUUCUCUUCCCCUUUAUGUGCUAAAUUUCUUUUCUGUAUGAAGUUGGAUAAUGCCUUUUGUCUCCUGUACUCUUGUAUUCCCUGAUGCUUAAAUUGAUUUGGAGUCCUAGUUUCCUGCCUGGAAUAUGCAGAUGCUGAAACUAGCAAGGUUAAAAGUUUCAGUUAAGUUCCACCCCACCCCCAAAAAUCCUACAUUCCUUUGAGGCUCUGUAGCAGUUUGUCUGCAAUUUGGAAGUCUUAAUCCACUGUGGAGGGGCUCCUUUGUAUAUAAAUUUCAUCCACUUCAGCCAAAAGGGGGGAUUAUGGCCAUUUUAUAGAUUCCACAUUAUAGUGAAUGGGAAAACACAGAACUUCAUUUCAUUCAGAGUGGCUCAGGAGCUGAACUACAGAACAAAGUAUGACUCAAAAAAAAAUCAGACUACAAAUGCAGAGAUGCUGAUAUAUAGGGCAAAUUUGAAGCACUUGCACACACCCUAAUAUCUACUGCUGCCCCUGCCUUUUCCGGGCCUUUUGACCCUCUGUAAACACUAUUUUUGUGCCCCCCCCCAAUCUGUACCCAGGUGCCCACAUGUCUAUUUUAAGAGAUCAUUUCAUGCAUCAGCCCAAGUGGACUUCAGAUUGUAAAAGCUUUUGUUACACUGUACUAAAAUUUGCUACUCUUUAUGGUGCCCUGGCUCUUAAUGUUUUUAUUGUUCAUGCCAGUGUUAUAGUUGGGCAGCAUUUAAAAGCUUCUAGGUUUGGGAGCUGUGGCCUAUUUCUGCAGAAUAUAUGAUGGCGGGGCAGGGGGAGAUUCAUAUUUCACAUCAUGGAAAUAGGUGCAAAUUAAAUUUUAAUAUGUGCUAGUUCAUACUAUGUUGUAUGCAGUAAUAAAUAAAAGUGAACCUAUUGGAAUUGCUAACAACAACAACAACAACGGCUAGUUGAUGAUGCAUAAAUAGUGGAACUUUCCCUGCUAAGUGCCUUGAAGGAUUGUUAAUCACAGUUCAUGUAAAUCAUGUUUCAUAUUUGCAUGCAUUGUAAAACAUUUAUUUCAUUUUUGCUGAAGCAUUAAAAGUGAAAGCAAAUGCUGUAUCUGUAGUAACGCUAAUGCCAACAAUAACUUUGAUACAUAUAUUUACUUUACUAAUUUUGUGCAUUGUUUAUCAUACAUUUCCAGCUAAAUUAAAUAGCCACAUUUAUUCAUUUCAUCUCCAUUACUAGAUAUGGGGGUGGACAGUUAGAUGGAAUAACUUGGGAAAGGAAAUAUCGAUACUUAAGAGGGGCUUCUUUUUUAAAAAAAUACAUUCCAGGCCUGUGCCCUAUUAAAGUAAUUUACAACACCCCUGUUCAACUGUGUUUACAGAAAGAAAAAAUAAAUGUCAGACUUUAAAUGUACAGCCAGCUAAUUAAAAGUUUUAAAUAUAUGCUUCUGCUUUAAGUAAAGUAUGUUUCUGUAUCAGCUGGCAAUGAGCUCUCGGUGAGCAAGUGUGAAGUUGCCGAAUAAUUAGUGAUGGCUGGCAAAUGAACUAGUCUAACAGCAACUUCUCAGCUCCUUUGUAGCUGUUGCCUAAGGAAUAUAUAGCACAUUGGUGAACCAUAGAAUGAUUUUGAGAGAGAGAAUUUGGGCAAAGUCCCAAUUUAGAUUUCUCUGGGCCUUUCCCACUACAGCACUUUUAUUUGGAAAAUGCCACUACCAGAUCAUUUGUUAAUGACAGCUGAUCUCUUAAUAAGAAACUCAAUUUUCUUCAGAUUUUAAACAUUACUUUCCAAUGAUUUAACAGAAUUUAAAAAUGUUAAUAUGUAUGACAACACAUCAUGUGGGUUUGAGUACAGUCGAUCUGGUAUUACCAGCCCACUUCAACUGCUUGAAGAAUUUCUUUCUAUUACCAUGUAUUCCUCAGAUAUACAAAGGUAACUUGGGUUGUUGCUAUGGCAGCUGUUAGCCUUGAGAAUAAAAAUGUGGAAACUGCGUUUGUCCAAGGCUUAAAUUCUCCUUUUUAACUAACAAUAACAAAUUUGUAUCAUUGUGCACAAAGUCAAUCAAGCUAAAGAGAUAAUCAAAACAACAAACGAAACCCCAUGCUCUAAAUUUAUGGUAUUUAAUUUUGCAAUACAGUCAUACCUCGGGUUAAAUAUGCUUCGGGAUGAAAAUAUUUUCAGGUUGCGCUCCGCAGUGACCUGGAAGUAACGGAGCGCAUUACUUCCGGGUUUCACCACUCGCACAUGCGCAGACGCUCAAAAUGACGUCAUGCGCGGAAGUGGCGACCCGCGCAUGCGGGUUGCGUUCGCUUCAGGAUGCGAAUGGGGCUCUGGAACGGACCCCAUUCGCAUCCAGAGGUACCACUGUAUUUUUAUGCUGAACUGCUAGACCUUAGUCACUUUAGUUACAGGAGUGUUUCUUUCCUAGCAUGUCCCCCUUUUCCUUCAACUGCCUAAACCAGAGCUUUCCAAACUUUACAUGUUGGUGACACACUUUUUAGACAUGCAUCAUUUUGCGACACAGUAAUUUAGUUUUACUAGCAAACUGAAGGUUAAACUAACCCCUUUCCAGCCUUGGGAGGAGCGUGGGGAACAUUCAUACUAUACACCUAACAUUGCAGCCAACACACUAACAUGUCACAACACAUAGUUUGGAAAGCUGUGCCCUAAACUGAAUCUUCUGUUGCAUUCCAACUGUCAGUAUGCUCUCAGAAGUCUAUUGCUUAGUCCUACAUCAGGAAAGAAGCCUUAUCAUCAUUCAUUGCAGGGGGUUGGACUAGCUGACCCUUGGGGUCCCUUCCAACUCUUAAGAUUCUAUGAUCUUGAUGUUCUAUUAUGGUCACAGCCAGUGCUAUUUUUUGGAAAAAGAGGUGCUGGAACUCACCAUGAACGCCUCUUUUGCUCUUUCAAUGGCAACGGUGUUUACCUGAGAAGUGCCAGAACUGAGUUUUGGUGAGUCCUGACUCAAAAAAGCCCUGGUCAUAGCUUUUGUAAACAAAUGCCUCCAUUCUUUCCUAAUAACCAGCAUUUUGUCUUCUGAUUCCAGUUCAGUUAUGUGAGUGCUGUUGCUUAUGUGGCCAAAACGGUAAUGUUUAAGAGGGAAGUAUUGGAAAAUAUGAAGCUGUGUGUCUCUUGCUUUUUGGAUUGCAAGUUUUUAUUUGAUAGAGUUAUAUACCAUUUUAUACCAAGAAAGUGUCUUAAGGGGGGUUACAAAAGUAACAAAUAUAUUUAUAAACAAUGAAACUGAAGAACUACAAUACAAAAUAAAAUAAUAACCCCCCCCCCCCAAAGCAAAACCUAGUAGUACUUUUUUUGGAAACAAUUUCACUCUUAUUACCAAGGGACACGUUUACUCAUAAUAAGCAAAACUCAUUUCUAUUUUAAAUGUAUUCUCAAUUUCCCUUCUACAUAAAUACAAAUAAUGUACUACCACCUACCCAUCCGUAUCACUCGUCCCAUUUCACUUCCACAACUCACACACAUCCAUCAUUAAAAAUACAUUAUCCACUCCGUUACUCCAAUAUCGCCCUCUCAUUCGCCACAUUGCUGUGACCAAUCAUUCUACUGUUUCCACUAAAAAUGUAUGCAGAAUCACCAGGAGUUAACUAUUCACUGUCAGAACUGUAAACUAUCAAAAGAAAUGCAUAGCAAUCUGGCUCUCACCCAUUUUAUUUCUCACCCAAGGAUAGGUGAAACUGCACACACCCUUCCCUGGUACUCCUUCCUCUCACCAAAGAAUAACCUCAGACAUUUUCUACCCACAUCACAGACACACCACAGAAAAUAGAAACCCAACCAGCAGGAGGGCACCCUUGUUACAACCCCGAAUGCACAGGCCAAAGAGGAGAGUUCCCUUUCUGUGUCUCCCUAUCUGGGGUGCCCUGCCAGUGACACCUAUUGCAGCUUGCCUGUGCUGGUUUUGUAACUGGAUGUCCAUUAUUAGCUACAGCUAGUUAUACUCACUUUCUCCAUGGUCCUGCCUGAACAAGACGACACUCAGGGUCAGUUGGGCUAUCUAACAGGGGAGUAUGGUUGUUCUUAUCUUUCUCCUUUGCUCUUUAUCAGCUUUAUCAAUAACCGUGUCUCCCUUGUAAGAGUUCAAUAAAAUACUGGAUUUAAAUGCAUCUAUAACUUGGGAGGAUUGUCAGUGUGAUUAACAAUCAUUUUCCAGUUCUCCUCCCCCCCUUUUGUGCACUUCUACCACCUGUAUAGGAUAUCGCCUUUUGGCAUAUUCAGCAUUUGCGUCCCUUUGUCUUACAUCCCCCCCAUCUCAAAGCAUAUUAAGCUGCUACGAUAAUAAAAGGAUUCUAGCUUGCCAUGAAGUUAUCAUGUUGCUUUUUUUCCUUAGUUCUUAAAUAAUGCAUCAAUUUCACCAGAAUGGAAAACUCCCAAGCAAUUCUCCUUGUUAGAUUAUUUCUUUUUGUUGUAUACAUCUUAUAUAGUAUAAUCAUUAAACUGUAACAAAAAAAGGUCCACCCCUUGAUUAUAUCAACUUGCUAAUUGACAGAAGUGCACAGGUGGCUGAAGCAAACAAGGUGGAGGUUUAGUUGAUGAGGUAGCUGUAAUAGGAGUUAGCAGAGUAAUACAAGUCCUCUGAAAAUAACAAAGAACCUGAAUAUAUGUGAUGCUAAUCUGUCUCUUGUCUUUCCCUUUCAUUUGUAGAAUUGCUGUGA